GGACGGAGGGGGGCGGGGCCUGGCCGCGCCGCCAUGCGCAGGCGCAGCCGUCGGUGGGCCGGGGUUCGGCAGCCUGAGAGGGUCCCCUCGUGUGUGGGGGUCCUGACUGUGGCCGCCCCGCAGACGCUGAGCCGGGCGUGGCGCCCUCCUGUCCGUCUGUCCAGAUGGAGAACAAGAAGCGCCUGGCCUACGCCAUCAUCCGCUUCCUGCACGACCAGCUGCUGCACGGGGGGCUCUCGUCCGACGCCCAAGAGAGCCUGGAAGUGGCCAUCCAAUGCCUGGAGACGGCCUUUGGGGUGACGCUGGAUGACAGUGACCUCGCGCUCCCCAAGACCCUUCCGGAAAUAUUCGAUGCAGCAGCUGAGGGCAAGGAAACGUCGCCGGAGCUGAGGAGCCCCCAGUGCAGCCCCCCGUCGGAGGAGGACUUCGCGGAGGCCGAGCGCCUCAAAACGGAAGGGAACGAGCAGAUGAAGGUGGAGAACUUCGAGGCCGCCAUUCACUUCUACGGCAAAGCCAUCGAGCUGAACCCCGCCAACGCCGUCUACUUCUGCAACAGGGCCGCCGCCUACAGCAAGCUGGGGAACUACACGGGGGCCGUGCAGGACUGCGAGCGCGCCAUCCGCAUCGACCCAGCCUACAGCAAGGCCUACGGCAGGAUGGGCCUGGCGCUGUCCAGCCUGAACAAGCACGCGGAGGCCGUGGUCUACUACAAGAAGGCGCUGGAGCUUGACCCCGAGAACGACACGUACAAGUCGAACCUCAAGAUCGCAGAGCUGAAGCUGCGAGAGGCACCGAGCCCCACGGGCGGUGCGGGCAGCUUCGACAUCGCCGGCCUGUUGAACAACCCGAGUUUCAUGAGCAUGGCGUCCAACCUCAUGAACAACCCCCAAGUCCAGCAGCUCAUGUCCGGCAUGAUCUCAGGGGGCCACAACCCCUUGGGGAACCCCAGCACCAGCCCCUCCCAAAACGACCUGGCCAGCCUCAUCCAGGCAGGCCAGCAGUUCGCCCAGCAGAUGCAGCAGCAGAACCCUGAGCUCAUUGAGCAGCUGCGCAGCCAGAUCCGGAGCCGGGCGCCCAGCGCCAGCAACGACGAGCAGCAGGAGUGAGCCCGGGGGGCCCAGCGCGCCCGCGCCAGCCGCCCGCCGCCCUCGGGGCUCCCGGCCCACCGGAAGCCGCACCCUCGGGGCUGCCCAAGGGAAAAAGAAAGACUCGGGCCUGCGUUGCCCGCCGGCUCUCAUGAUUUUUCUGUUUCCCUUUGGCUUUGCCCCCCCCAGCCCCCCUCGUCCUUUUUGUAGUUCCACAGCCCCCAGCGGGCACAGACCAGCACCCCGCCUCGUCCCGCCCCCAAAGCCUUUUCUAGAAUUACGGGUGAGGACGCCCUGGCCAGCAGCGUCAGGCAGGCAUCGCCCCACGACCCCCCGACCCCUGCCUGUCUACAGGGACCUCGUGGUGGCCCCGUGCCCAGGCCACUGGAGGGACACGCUGGUGUCCUGCGUCCCCUGGGGUCAGCCCAGCCACGGGACUGUGACCUGGGGGAGUCCCAGGGCAGGCUCUGGUGCCACCCAUCGCCUCCAGGAGGGCCAGCGGAGGGUCCCCCCUGGGGACAGACCCGCAGGCCCCCUGAGCCCCACGGAGGGCAGGCGGCGAGUGUGGUCAGAGCCGUGGGGGGCGCCCCCGCCGGCCCCCGCACCCCGUCAGCACCGGUGCCCAAGCUGCGGCACGUGUAACGGUGGGGAAUAAAUACGAGACUCUGCUCUCUA